GCCGAGGAGAGGAUUUGUGAAGGGGAGCGCUGGCCCGCGUGCGCCUCUUGUUCCCCGUGUAAUUUGCAGCCAAUCAUCAAAAAAAAAAGCCAUUUACAGGGGGUGAUGUGCAACUAAUUAAAGGCAGACUAGCAGCGUCUGCAAAUUCUAAGGCUCCCCAAAUAAAAAGAGACUGUUGUAACAGUUGGAGGAUAAUGCUAAGGAAGACGCUGCCUGGGAAUUCACCGUCUGUGGAAAUGCGCCCCAGAGAGGAAUAAAGCAGUCCUCACCUUGCUUUCCCCAUCCGGACCUACUUUCCCCUCCCGCCUCGGCCCCCACCCCGACACCACCAUCACCCCCUUCCCUCCCCCCCACCUUCCCCCCUUUCCCACCCAGGUGUCGGACCAGGCGGUCCCCACUUCCACCCUGCACCCCUUCUUCCCCCCCUGCACCAUGAACACCAAUGUCUGCGUGGAGCCCGGGCCGAGCCCGGAGGCCCCGGGCUUGCCCAAGGAAAGCCACCUGCCCGAGGGGGCCCUGAACAGCCUUGUGGAUUACAACUCGGAGAUGGAGCGCUACCGCUCCUUUGCCACCUCGUUCUACAAGACCAACGGGGGCGCCUUCCCGCAGGCGGCCAAGAUCGCGCGCAUCACCACCCCCAUCUUCCCCAGCAGCGCCGCCGCCGCCGCGGCCGCCGCGCGCAUCGGCAUGUCCCCCUGGAACUGCGACAACGCGGCCACCGCCGCCGCCGCCACCGCCAUGCUCUGGGGCAGCGGCGGGGGCGGGGGCGGCGGCGGGGGCGGCAGCGGCGGCGGGGGCGGCGGGGGCGGUGGCGGGGGCGGCGGGGGCGGCAGGAAAUCCUCCUCCGCCGCCGCCUCCUCCUCCGCCUCCUCUUCGGCAAUCCUCCCCGCCGGCGGUGGCGGCGGCGGCGGCGGCGGUGGUGGCGGCGGCGGCGGCGGCGGCGGCGGCGGCGGCAGCAGGACCAGCAUGCACCACCGAAACGACUCCCAGAGGCUGGGGAAAGCUGGCUGCCCGCCAGAGCCGUCGUUGCAAAUGGCAAAUACUAAUUUCCUCUCCACCUUAUCCCCUGAACACUGCAGACCUUUGGCGGGGGAAUGCAUGAACAAGCUCAAAUGCGGCGCUGCUGAAGCAGAGAUAAUGAAUCUCCCCGAGCGCGUGGGGACUUUUUCCGCUAUCCCGGCUUUAGGGGGCAUCUCAUUACCUCCAGGGGUCAUCGUCAUGACAGCCCUUCACUCCCCCGCAGCAGCCUCAGCAGCCGUCACAGACAGUGCGUUUCAAAUUGCCAAUCUGGCAGACUGCCCGCAGAAUCAUUCCUCCUCCUCCUCGUCCUCCUCAGGGGGAGCUAGCGGAGCCAACCCGGCCAAGAAGAAGAGGAAAAGGUGUGGGGUCUGCGUGCCCUGCAAGAGGCUCAUCAACUGUGGCGUCUGCAGCAGUUGCAGGAACCGCAAAACGGGACACCAGAUCUGCAAAUUUAGAAAAUGUGAAGAGCUAAAGAAAAAACCUGGCACUUCGCUAGAGGUCAGAGGAGAUGAUUUCUUGUUUCCCAGUCUCCCCCCCUCCCUCCUCACUCCCCUCUCUUCUCCCCUUCAGGGCUUCUUGUCUGGCUUGAAGAUGCAGUACCCCUUUCCUGAAGCUUCAUUCAGGCUGUAAGAUACAGUUGCAGGUGGUUUUGAGGGCACGGCCUCUUCACCACCCUUCCCAGCUGCACUUCGCGUGGAACUGGCCUCCAGAUGGGGGGGGGGU